CGGAGUUCCCCAUCACUCAAAACUAAAGGGACAUGUGCAGCAACAAAAUGAACAGGGGAAUAACGCAUUUAACAGGCCUGAAUUUGCUCUUUCAGUUCGUAACCUGUUCAAGACUGGUGUGUUACUUCCCAAACUGGUCUCAGUACAGAGCAGGAACUGCUAGAUACCUUCCCGAGAAUGUGGACCCGAACUUGUGUACUCAUUUGAUCUAUGCAUUUGCCAUUAUAAACUAUGCCAAUAACAUAGCUGCAAGUGAGUGGAAUGAUGUGGCCCUUUAUUCGACCUUCAAUGCACUUAAGAACAAAAAUCCUCAGUUGAAAACCUUGUUGUCUGUCAGGGACCAAGAUUCAAGCCAAUUCUCCAAUAUGUUGUCCAACUGGACAAACCGUCAGACAUUCAUCAAGUCUUCUAUAGAAUUUCUGAGGAAGUAUAACUUUGAUGGGCUGGAUUUGGACUGGGAACACAAGGGCACUCCAGAGACGCGUCCGGAAGAUAAGUUGAAAUUCACUCUUCUGUGCAAGGAACUUCUGGAGGCAUUUCUAGCUGAAGGCCAGUCACACAAAGAUGCGAGACUGAUUCUAACAGCAACUGUUUCAGCACAGAAAGAAGUCAUUGAAAGGAGCUACAAUAUUCAAGAGAUCUCAAAGUAUUUGGACUUUAUUAGUGUCAAGACAUUUGAUUUCCAUACGUUUAAAGAUGGCAUUGUGAGACAUCACAGUCCUUUGUACAGUGCUGUCCAUGACCAGGAAAAUAUUAACUCAAACACCGAUUUUGCCCUACAAUACUGGAGAUUCCAGGGAGCUCCUGCCAAGAAGUUGUUGAUGGGCUUUGCCACAUAUGGACGUUCCUUCAUCCUCACCUCCUCUCCAGCCAAUAACUUUGCCUCUCCUGGACCUUAUACACAAGAGAUGGGCUUGUGGUCUUACUUUGAAAUAUGUCUUUUCCUAAAUGGUGGCGUAGUACAGUGGAUUGAAGACCAGAAAGUUCCUUUUUCUGUUAAAGGCAGUGACUGGGUGGGAUUUGACAAUCUAAGGAGCUUUGAGAUUAAGAUAAAAUACUUACAGGAACAUAGCUUUGGAGGUGCGUUUGUAUGGGCUCUCGACCUGGAUGACUUUUCUGGAAAUUUCUGUGGACAAGGCAGUUACCCUUUAGUUAACAACCUGAAGAAAUGGUUAAUACUUGGAGCCUCCAUGGCUACAAGCACCAGCACUCCCAACAGCACUUUUGCAACAGUUGGGAAGGGCUCUUCACCGCCAACAUGUGUGAAAACUCUCAGCUCUCUUACAGCACUGGGAAGUCAGUUCUGUACAGAUAGAUCAGAUGGACUUUAUCACAGAAUGGAUUCCCUUAACUCCUUUUAUAGCUGUACUGGAGGAAUGACAAAUAUCACGUGGUGCACCCCUGCCGUUUUAAAUCAUUCUGGGGCAACACGACCAUCCCAGAUUAUCAUUUUCAUUACAUUAGGAAGUGCAAGUCUCCUAACUCUGUGGCAUUGGCUUAGGAGUAACGAACUGAUUUAAUGUAAAAACAUGGAUGGAAAGACGACUCAGCACAAGUUUUAAAAUCUCUAUUAGCUUAUUGCAGGAUACAGCCUGCUAUGCAUGUUGAGCAUUGUUGUGAAUGUUACUGGUAAAUCUUUUUUUAACUUUUUUUUUAAGUCGGCAUGAAACGGAAGUUGCGAUAGUAGUUU